AUGCUAUAAAAACCCAAGUCAUUAUUAAGGAGAUAUGAUGAUGGUGAUCUUUAUUUUUAAGAUAUUUAGGAACUUUGCGUGAAGAAUGUGAUAGAUAUUAUUUAAGAGGAGAUGGAUAAUUCUUUAAAAAAACUAAUAAUAAUUUGGAUUGA